CUGUUAUUCCUGCGGCGUUUUGAUGGACGCUCUUGCUUCUCCCCGCCACCGCUCCACAAUUGAAAUUCCCAGCGCAGAACACAAUAGCGAGAAUCAGAAGGACACCGAUUGCUCGAGUCCUAUGCCUGAGAUCGUGAAUUGCGCCUCGGAAGUAGCAGAACCGAUUAACAGAUGCGAGAACGGAACCCUAAUGAAGAGAAGGGCCAGCCUUGGUGAUUCCGAAGCGACGUCGUCGACGAGUUCCGUGCGGAAAACGAAACGCAAGGGGGUGGCGUUCAAACGACGGAACUCUAGAGUCGCCGUUGCUCGCCGGAAAAGGGGUAAUGUGGACGAAAUUGGCCUUCCUCUUGGAAUGUCGUUUGCCGCCGUUAUGGCUCAGGUUCUGUAUAGAAGAGAUGCAGCAGCUGAAAGCAUGUCGCCCACUCAUCUUUCGUCGAUGUGCACCUCAGCUAUCAGAGAAUCGCUAGCCAAUGUUUUCGGAGACAAGCUGGAUGGCCUGACGAGGAAUUUUGAGCAGUCUUUUGGUAGCACAUUGAGUACACUUAGAUUAAUUUAUGAAUCAUCUACAAACAAUGAAGGGAAUAAAGUUAAUGAUAUGAAGAAGGAAAUUCCAAAUCCUAAAUUGAGUCUUGACAAAAAGGAUUUCUCAAGAGAUAUUGUCAUUGAAGAUGGAAAUUCUGGGGCAGCAUCUCCUACUGAAUAUGUUAAUCGCAAUGGGAUGAAGGAGAACAUUCAUGUGGAUUCAGUUAGUCGUCAUAUGGAUCCAGUUGAUCGUGGUCUGAUUUUGCAUGGGCAACAAAAUCAGUUGAUAUCUUUUUCUCGAAGCUCUUCUGGGUCAGUAAUUGAUAAUCCUAUCGUCAGUGUUUUUGAGAAAUCUAUUGUAGAGCAGUCUCGUUCUAAUGACCUCAAGGAAAUAGAACUUGGCUUUACAAUGAGAAAAUUGAAAUUGAAAGAGGCACAGUUGUCUCUCAACAUGGAUUCGAAUAACCUAGAAAGAUCUAAGUUAGCCAUGGGAGCAUCAAAGGUGUCUUUCAAAGUUGAAAAGUUUAAGAACCAGUUAGAAGAUACAAAAUAUGGAGAGCUGAGUAAAAAGUGCAUAGAUUGUCUUAUUGCUGGUCUGUUUCUUAUGUCAUCUUCACUGCUGUAUGGUGCUUAUGUAUACUCCUAUGAAAGGAUUGUUGAGGUCACCGAAUCAUGUUCGCCAUCAACUGAGGACUCUUCCUCUUGGUGGACUCCCAAAUCAGUGUCCUAUUUCAAUUCAAGGUUGAAUAUUUUGUGGUGUCAAGUUCAAGUUAUGAGCCGAAUGAUAUUUGGUGUCUUGAUGAUAUUUGCAAUUGCAUAUUUGCUCCUCAUGAGGUCAACAACAUCAUCACAGAAUAUGCCAGUUACUUUCAUCCUUUUGAUGUUAGGAGUUGGUUGCGGAUAUUGUGGCAAGCUGUGUGUAGAUACAUUGGGAGGGAAUGGUUAUGUGUGGCUCUUAUAUUGGGAGACGCUGUGCUUGCUGCAUUUCUUCUGUAUUGGCUUCACAUCCGUUUUCUACCAAGUCCUUUAUGGACCCGUUACGCCAGCACAAACAUUUAAGGAGAAUCCCAUUAUCCGGUACUGGAUUCGCCGAUUUCUGUUCUAUGCUACUUUGCUCGCGUUUCUACCGUUGCUUUGUGGUCUCACGCCUUUUGCAAGCCUAUUAGAAUGGAAAGACCAUUUAUUAUUGAAGGUGUCAGAUUUUAGCGAAAUCGAUUCCUAAAUCCUUCCUCUUUACACCUUGUGCCUUACUAUGAGAUGCCUAUAGAAUGUGGUAAACCAACAAGCCAAGCUCCAUGUAUUUAUUGUAUUUGUGUCCAUAUUUUACCUUUUUGCCUGAGUAAUGAGUAUGCUUUGCUUGUGGUAAGUGAACAAGCCAAGUCGUGUUAUGCUAAUUAUUCCCCGUACAGUGUAAUAUUGUAAGUUAUGCAAUGAGUAUUGCAUUUGGCAGCCAUGUUUUGAAUUGGAUAA